UUUGCCUGAUUUCAUUUUGAUUUUGGGGAAAUGGUAACGUAAAUAUGCAAUUAGAGUUUAGAAUAGUAUAUAACUAAGCAGGCUAAAUCUCAAAAAAUACAAGUGACAUUUUUAUAUUUUUUUAAUGUGGAAAAUAUCCCUAUUUCUUAUCCUCAUUGGCGCCACUUUGUGUGGUUGCCAGCCUAAAUCAUUUCUUAGUGAAAUGCAAUGUUCGGAUUGUAGCCAAAUUAACCAAAAAUGUGAAAUCAUCACGAGCGGAUGGAGUUGCAAUUAUGAGUUUGAUGCGAAACUAAUCAAAAACACGUCAGUGCGCCUAAGCGUACCACAUUUGAGAAAGUGCGUACCUUAUGAUUUAGGUUUUGCCCAGAACAAGGCUAUUUUUGGUUUCUGCUGCAUCUGGUCUCCAAUAAUUGGCUGCCAAAAAUUAAUGCGAAAAGAACGGAUACCUGGUCACGAUAAAUGCUAUCAAUGUUCCCGGAGCACUUGGUCGUCACUGAUGUCAACUGAAACCUGUCCAUGUGGAGAUUGGUUCUUUGGAGACCGUCUUGGUGGGGCUUCUAGUCUUAAAGGCACAAAGUUCUAUGGACUAUUAGUUAGUCUUUUCUCUGGUUUAGUCUCCAUCAAUCUUGUAAACUUCGUCACACUUUAA